AUGUUGGAAUUGGGUCUCCCCUUUGAGCUCGUCCAUGUCAGUGUCAUGAAAAAGGAGCCUUGGUUUUUAGAAAUCAAUCCCAGGGGAAAGGUACCCGCCAUUCAGAACCUGCAGGAUGGAUCUGUCAUUUACGAAUCUGCCAUUUGUGAUGAAUACUUGUGUGAUUAUGCCCGGCAAAUGGAUACGAAUAAUAAUACUGAUCAAGACUCAAAGUCAAAGUUAUGGAAACUCAUGCCCACUGAUGCUGCCGACAAGGCUGCCAUGCGGUUGCUCAAUGAUCACAUCGAUACACAGUUGGGACCGGCUCAGUAUACCUUUCUCAUGAAUGACGACAAGGAAAAGGACGCCGGGCUGAUGGACACGCUAGAAGAUGCACUCCAAGUGCUACAAGAUUCCUUGAUACAACGGGGAGGACCCUAUCUGAUGGGCUCCCAUUUUACACUGGCCGAAGCUCACGUCUUGCCCUUCUUUUUGAGACUGGUCGUGUCACUCCAGCAUUUCAAGGACUAUCAAAUUCCACCCCAGCGAUUUGGACGUUUGUUGGAAUGGUACGAGCUGUGCACACAGAGAGAAUCCUUUCAAACCACGGCCAAGUCCGACGAAACGAUUGUGGAGGUCUAUCAAAAGUUUGUGGACAUGAAGUACGGGUUUGGAGGUCUCAAUAAGAAUAAAGAAGUAGAAAUGUAA